AUCUUGCUGCGUUGCAUCCGAAACUAUGCCGCUUGUGGCGCCGUGCGAAAAAAUUACGGGUUAGAGACGCGAGGGAGCUGGAAGCACUUCGCUUUCGCGAUCAGUCAGACGGUCAUACAUUCGUUAGCCUGCAAAGGCCACUCCUAUUCCAGCGUCACGUCCAUUCCGGCCAUCUUGCCUGCAGCUCCCUUAUCAGAUUCUCCAUCGCACGCAGCAUUGGGUUGGGUUGGAACUUCGAGUCACCGAACAGGUUUACCACCAACAACCAUACCAAAUUCCCACACACAUCAGGCACUGGCCCCCAUUACAUCAAGUCGCGCGUUCUUGACGGCUUGAGGCCUGUCAAUGAACCUGCAGUCUCGCUACUACCUCAGAUUCCCCUCUCACCCUUCCCGCCUGAAGGGUUCAUCAAUCACCUGAAUGCCUUACGUGAAAGCUGUACCUCUAUCGCGUAUUGCAGGUCAAGCUCUCAAAUCGUUCACCCACGGCUACGCGCAAACCGUCGUUGCCGCAUCCCAGUCAUCCUACGCCGCCCAGAACCCUAUUGGCGCCGGACCGCUAUCAGACGCUCUUGCUGGCAGGUUUCGCAAGGCAGAGAAGUCACGUGUUCAGAAUGUCGCGCAUCAUGCGGCAGACGGCGCCAGGCCGGCGAGUACGGUUGGCACGAACGUGCCGAGACCGGAGACCAGCCAUCACGAUGGCGGGUUAGAGAAAUACUUCGAUGCAUGGCAGAAACAUCAGCGAAAUGGUACGAAGGAGUGGCAGCAGUUCCAAUUCGCGCGCAGACUUGAAUGGCAGCCGCCAAGUACCGUCCCGCUGCAAGGGCACGAUAUUGCAGUCGCCGAGGCGCCGGUCCACCCGCAGGAAGUCGAGCAGCUUGCAGCGCCAAGUCUCAAGCGUUCCUAUACCACGAGUGCGCUGGACAACUUCAGCAAGGCCUUUAUUAAUGACGAGGCCGCGGAGGCAGAUGCGCUUGAGCAGGUCAACAUUGCGAUCGCGGAAGAGAUUCAGCGCUCGAGAGAUGAUGCAGAGGGUGGUCUAGUCCUCAAGUCGAAUUCCGCGUCAUCCGUUUCGCAGGAGCAGACUUCGGCGACCGAGGAGCACACGGUCUCGACCCCUGCGACUCUCUAUACAUCUACCGACAGUUUCUCCUCCGCCGAGGCCGACUUCUACAGCAGCGAGAUCCUGGAGCUCUCCGCAAAGAAGGAGUAUGAGCGUGUUCCUGCCGCCUUCCAGGCGAUGCUGCGUGCUGGCGUGCAGCAGCCUAAGCCAGCAACCUAUCAUGCUUUGCUCACGUCCGUUGUCGAGCUCACGCAAGGCAAGCACCAGAAAGUGCCUAAGGCGCUUGAGGUGUACUCGGACAUGCUUCGCCGGAAGGUGACGCCACACGUCGAGAGCUUCAAUCUACUAAUCAGUCUGCUGGCUAGGCGGGCAUCCGAAGCACUUGCGCUUCGUCAAGGUUUAGAAGAUCGCUUGGUUAGGUACGGUGGGCUUGAGGAGCCGGGCAAGUUCAUGUUCAGGUCCGCGCAGUCGGAACACCGCAUGCUUGUCGAAGACUCCUCACUUUCCAUCGCGUUAAAGCUCUUCGAUCGCGCGACUAGGCUUGGCUUCGCUGAUCUGUCAAGCGGAUCGUACACGGCCCUCAUCAUCGCGUGUGCCGAGCAAGGCCGCGUCGAUGACAUGAAGCACAUUUACCAACACUCGAAGGAUCAGGACGUUGAGCCGACAUCCAGUAUCUACCCAUCAAUGAUCGCUGCAUAUGGCCUGGAAAGCGAUCUGAAGAGUGCUGUGGAGAUCUACGACGAGUACAAGCAACUUGCGGUCGAGCACAACGCCGGACUCAUUGAAAUCGCUCGGCUUGACAACGAAGUCUACGCCGCACUGGUCAAGGCCUACGGCUCAGCAGACAGGCUGAAAGGCGGCCUCAAGUUUCUCGCCGGCGUUCAGGCUACCACACCUUCCGAGUCCGAGUUGCUAGAGCUGCGGGAGACCGUGGCGCUGCAAGCUUUGCUUCCACUCGCGCUGAAGGAUGGAACGCUUCGGAACGCUAUUGACUUGACUAACUCGCUUACUGGACGAGCAUUGUCUUCGUCUCUGGCCGUUGUCGUAGCUACAGCUGCGGACAGAAACAUGCUCGAGACCAGUCAGAAGGCCUUUGAUGCAUUGGCUAGGGUCACACAGGACCUGGCGGUGCCGGCCACCGCUAUGCUCGCAAUGCACAUUCGUAAUGCCAAUGCUGAAGGCGGGGAGCCCUACUGGCGGAUCUUGGAGUCGGCGCCCGCACAGCCGUCUUUCAUCGAGCCGAGUACCAUGCGCACCGUGGCGCUGAUUGGCCUUGGCGAGGCUGAGCGCGGUCUCCGACAAGCACGCCGGAUGUUUGCUCGAGUUCGCGACCAGCAACCGGAGACUGCUAUGGCGGAGGCUGUUGAGCAGAUCGACGAGGCCUUGGAACUGAUCGGCAACUUCCUGCUGAAGAACCAGGCUACCACGCAACCCCAGGCCAGCGCAGAGCUGCUAAGGAUGAUGGUGGAGAAUGGCGGUCUAACCAUGUCCGUUGCCGAGCAUGUCAUGGCUCGCUUGAGUGUUGAUCAGAUCGCGAGGCUCCCGCCAGCAGAUUUGGAGCUCAUGCUACGCAUCCAAGGCGACAUGAUCAUUCACAAAGCUGGAGCAGAUAUUGCCGGUCCAGCACGCUUUGGUUGCAUGCUCGAAGCACUCACCUCUCGCUCCAUCAGGCCCGCUACUGAGACAGAAAACGCCAUUGAGAAGACACUGGUAAACAUUGCUCGCCCGGAACUUUCAAGGCUAUGGACCAGCUACCGCUACCCGCAGACUCCGGUUACCUUCACGCCGGUGCCGUUUACCCCUGUGCUGCCGUACCAGGCUCCGGCAGCACCCUUCGUGCAACCGGCCAUGGAAGACACGUACGACCCAUAUGCGGCGCGAACGGACGUCAAGGGUUCGACUGCGAUCAAUGACCUUCUCGAGCGCUCCCAAGGCCGCCGUAUGAGCGAAGCGCUUACCAAGUUCAGAAACAUGCGCCGUGUGGGUCGGGUACCCAGAAUGUUCACCUACGGCAAGUUGAUCGAGGCUGCAGCGAAGGAGAACAACCUCAAUCUGGCCCAUGACAUAUUGGAGAUGGCGAAGCAGGACGUUGCUUUCGACGCACGAUACCGUGUUGUACGCUUCGGCUGGCAACAGAUUCUGGAUCACAUGAUUGCUGGAUGUCUUACAGUCGGUCGGCGGGACUUGGCGGCCCGCUACCACCAGGACUUGGUUGAGCUGGGCAUGGCGCCAUCCGCAAACACCUUCGGCCUCUACAUUACGACGCUGAAAGAGAACACCAAGACCUUUGACGAGGCAUCUGAAGCGGUCAAGAUCUUCCUUCGCGCCAAGACUGAGGGCGUGGAGCCGUCCUCCUUCCUCUAUAACGCCUUGAUUGGCAAGCUUGGAAAAGCCCGACGCAUUGACGACUGCCUCUUCUACUUUGCUGAAAUGCGCAACCUUGGCAUCCGCCCGACGAGUGUCACCUACGGCACCAUCGUCAAUGCCCUCUGCCGUGUCAGCGACGACAAGUUUGCGGAAGAGAUCUUCGAGGAGAUGGAGACCCAGGCUAACUAUAAGCCGAGACCGGCACCAUACCACAGCUUGAUGCAAUUCUUCCUUACCACCAAGCGUGAUAGGGGCAAAGUCCUUGCCUACUAUGAGCGGAUGAGAACUACGAACAUCGAACCAACAAUUCAUACGUACAAGCUGCUUAUCGACACUUACGCGACACUGGAGCCGGUCAACCUGCACGCUGCCGAAGUUGUGUUGACGGAUAUGCAGGCCUCAGGGAUUACGCCGGAGGCAGUGCACUAUUCUUCGCUCCAGGCCAUGUUCGAAUCCAUGAAUGCGAACCACGCCGUCUCCGCGUCGGAGUACGAGAAUCUGCUUUCGGACAUGGCGAAGAGAGGUGUGGAGUAUACGCCUUACAUCGCCAACGCCUUGAUCCACGGCUGGACGCUGGAGAAAGACCUACGCCGGGCAAAGGAAGCUUUUGACAGAGUGCAUGUGGGCAAGAGAGAGCCGAGUACGUACGAGGCUAUGGUUAGGGCGCAUUUGACGGCUGAGGACCGGGAAGGUGCGAAGAAAGUCGUGCGCGAAGCGCUGGGAAGAGGCUAUCCCAGUGCGGUGGCGGGCAAGAUCGCGGAUUUGGUUCGGUGACGAUAUCAGUGCGAUUGAGAGUUUGCUGCAUUGCGGAAGGCGUUUGAUUUGCAUUUGGAGGACAUGGGUCAACGGCCACAUUGCAACUUAGCGUAGGUGUUCAGGCGUACUUGAUGCGGAUGCCGCGAAGAACAACACGCUGGCUGGUGCACUGGGAUGGCAUUCGCGAGCGGCUUAAUGUAUGAUUAGGAUACCCGACCAUCUCCACUUUGACUGGAUCUAGAAUGCUAGAUCUGGGUAGGUAGCUUCUUUGCUAAAUGCGAAGGCAAGUUAAUACCAAGAUGCUUUCAUUGUCA